CCACAGAAAAUCGUUAGAGGAAAAAAUGAUUUUGUUGUAUUUUGUCCGUUAGAUAUUUUGAGGGUUGACCAACCGUAGAAGACCGUUUCUAUGCAAACUCAAAUGAUAUUAAUAUUUUUGUUCGACACAUAACUGUCCGCGCACCGUAGAUAGCACGAAUCGAGAUAUCUUAAAUCCGUGGUGGACACUGUCUGAUUGUCGUGAUUCUGUGGUUACUGGUCUAAGGUCAUUCGCCUUAUCGUUUCGAUUGUCUUAUCAAAUCAGCCGUCCCUCGUUCGCUGGCGGUCGAUAGUCAGUCGUGAAUAUUUAAAUUGUUAAAACUCUAGUCAACUUACUAGUUACUGCCUACUUGUUUUUAUUCUCGUUUAAUGUAUAAAUUAUAAUAUAUUAUUAUAAUUAUUAAUAACAUUAUAUUCAUUAUUGUGACGGAUUUCAUUAACGCACCCAACUUUUAUCGGGAUUUGACACGACUUCGAUCGUUUAUUUCUUUCAACUGAUAACUUGCACUAUAGGUUCAUUGUAACCGAACUCGCCCACCACAGUACUUAAAACGGAAUUUUAAAUGCUCAUGGAUCAACAACGAAUUUCGUAUUUUUAUCAAGACCUGUUAAGUUGUCCCACCUACUUGAAAGAGUAAAUAUCAAGAGCAAUCCUAUGCCAUUUUUUUUUUUACAAAAAUUUAAUUUAUUGACCAGAACAAUGAGUGAUAUCCCAACAGCAUCUACAUCAACAGCAUCAACAUCAUCAGCUUCAACGUCACAAACCAUGCCAUAUACUUUUGACAAUCAGUGUCCACUACGAGAUUUAGAUUAUACAACAACAGAUGAAUCAGAAAUGUCGUCCGAUGAAUCAGAAAUGAUUGAUGACGAAUCGAGUUACUCAAAUGAUAAUAUGUGUAAGCUGGAUCCAAUAAUUGAUGAUAACAUGGACGAUACGUCAUGGUCGUCUACAGCAUCAUCUAAUACAUCAUAUGGAGAUAAAUCGAGUUCUGAAAAUUCUGAAACUGAAUCAAUUUUAAAAGAGUUGAUUAGAGAGAGCUGGACUCUUGAUAAAUCAACAAAUAAUCAAGAAAACACGGAUAGUUUUAUAUCACCAAUACUCAUAUUAGUUCAGCAACCAUGUGAAACUGAAGGCCAGAUGAAUGAAAUUGGAAUCGACCUGAUCAAUGUGGAAGAACACGCAAAAAGACUUAAAGAACUCGAAAAAGAAAUAGAUUUUAUAGAAUCAACAGAAUGGAUGUAUCGCCCAAUAGACUCAUCUAUUAGAUAAUAUUAAUUAAUUUAACAAUCAAAUUUGUUAUACAUAUUCACAUUCUUCUAUUAAAAGACAAAAAUUGUUGAAAACAAAUUUUAAAUUAAAAAAAAAUAUAAACUUGAAAGUAAUGAAUUUUAAAACAAUAUUGUAAAUACUUCAAAUUAAUUAUUGAUUUAAGAUAAUAUGUUUAUGCUUUAAUGUUAAGAUAAGCUACAUUUUUUAUACAUUUUUAUGAAUAUUUUUGUAAAUUAUAUUAAUAUUUACAUUCGUUAA